UAUUAGAAUACUUUUAGUUUCCGGGAUAUCAUCUUUUUUAAGUUAGGACAAAGUUGUAAACUAAUUAAUUAAUCAAUUUACUUCUUUUAAUUAUCUUUAUAUUUAUAUUCUAAAUGAAAAGUAAAGGUUAGAACUUAAAAAGAUGAGCAAUGACAUAAAAUGUGUAGUUGUUGCCGAUAGACACGUUGGAAGAACUACUUUGCUUAUAACGUAUGUAACUAAACAGUUUCCAACCGAAUAUAUUCCCACUGUCUUCGAUAAUUAUGUGGUGGAUGUGGAACUAAAAGAGAGUGGAGAAUCGGCACGUGUUGGUUUGAUGGAAGCUGCUAAUCAUUUUGGUAUGAUUUUCUUGUUAAGCACCCUCGCAACCGAUUGCCCAUGUAACUACCAAGAUGUAACCUUAUAUAAAAUUAUAUGUUUCAUAUAUUCAGAGGAGGAAGAGAGACUGAGACCUCUAAUUUAUCCUCAAACAAUGUGUUUUUGGUAUGUUUUUCACUAUCAGAUCGAACAUCUUAUGAACACGUGCGUACAAAAUGGCAUCCAGAACUUAAAAGAUAUCGUCCUACCGCAGCUAUCAUAUUAGUUGGUACAAAACUUGAUACACAAAACGAUAAGGAGUAUGCUGAGAAACAUGAAAAAGAAGGGAGAAAAAUAAUUACAACAGAAGAAGGAAUAGAACUAGCAAAAAAAAUAGGAGCUGUGAAGUAUUUAGAAUGUUCUGCAUUGACGCAACAAGGUGUAAAUGAAGUAUUUGAGGAAGUAGCUAGAACUGGGUUACUUGUUUUGAAAACAACUCAUACUCCAAAGAAGAAGUGUACAUUGUUAUAAUUUGUCUCAACAUUACCUAAAAGACAAUUAACUCAACCAUUUCAA